GUUCUCAAGAACAUGCGCGCCCUCAGGCUUCAAUCGUGUGUCGGACAGUCCGUUGAGUCACCAAUAACUGCAUGGGCGGCUGAAGUAGCGCCGCAUGUAGAUGCCUCUUUCAGCUGAAGGGCGGCUCACGUUUUCUUGCAACUAUGCAAUGCAGCCGUUCUAUUUUCGCGAUUUCUGGGCAUACCACAGAACCUCACAACCGUAUGUAACGGAGCGUCACGCGCGCCUUCGUGUUUGUCAUCAUCGGCCUAUACGAUGAAGACCUGUUGAGCAUAAAAUGCAUCGGAAGGGCACCAUUUCAAGCAUUCGAAACGAGACCUCCAACGAGACUUCACCCUAUCCAUAUUACGUACCAUUAUGCCUUUCGGCCCAUUUGCGCUCCAAUGGCGGCGUCCGUCGCCAAACCCUCCAUCAUCGACACCCGUUCCUGAUGGCAUCACACGCUCCUGGAUCCACACUCCAUCAGGUCCACUUGAACUGCUGACGGCGUUGCCCUCGAAGUCCACCUCAUCUUCCAAUGAAGCGAAGCCUCCUCUGUUUUUCGCUCAUGGAGGCUUCGGCUGUGCGGAGCAAUGGCUCAACUACAUGCAGUAUUUUGCUGCGGCUGGCCACCCUUGCUAUGCAAUCAGCUACCGUGGCCACGGAAAGAGUUGGUAUCCGUGGUUCUGGCGCAUGUACUUCACCACGCGAGGCACAAUGGCGGAGGAUCUCACCGCUGGUGUCAAGUACGUCGAAGCAUUGGAAGCGACAAGAAGAGGCGCACCCGGGACGCAGGUUGUGCUUAUCGCACACUCGGCCGGCGGAGCCUUAUCCCAGUAUGCGCUCAGCAGGAAGAUGUUCCAGGUACAGGGCUUCUGCAUGUUUGCUGCCGUUCCGGGCUUCGGCAGCUGGGGCUGUUACAGUUUCUGGGCCUUGACUGCACCACUCCACUUCACAUACCGGGGAUACCAUUCGCGAUAUCUCCUAGCGAAUGUCGAACAGGUGAAAGACGCGUUCUUCACAGCUGAGACGCCGCUUCGACAUGUUGAAAGCUUCGCAAAGCUACUCUCGCCGUACGAAUCUAUGCUGUGGCCGAUGCAGGCGCUCAACGCUUUCGUCACAGGUCCAGAUGUACUCUCCUCCAUUACUGGCUGGGUCCGCCGAGGGUUUGUGCCAUCAACGUCACCAAGCGACAAGCCAGUGUCAGAGCCGAGCCAAAGACUUUUCAUCCUCGCCGCGCAGAGGGAUGUCUUGUGCACACCAACCAUUCUCGAGGAUGCCGCACGGCGAUAUAGACGUGCGUUCAGAGACAUGAGCCUCGAUAACAGAUUAGUAUUUGCACAAGAACAGCAAGAUGAAGAGGUUGAUGGAGUUCGAUUCAGGGUAGUAGACGGAGUCGCGCAUCAUAUGCAGAACCACGAGGAGUGGGGAAAGGGAGCCGAUGAGGUGCAAAAGUGGCUCGAGCAGCUAUAACUGACGUCUUCAGAGAGCUUUAAGAUGGAAACACUGUGUACGCUGGGAUGGAUUCUAAUGGUUGUAUAAUUAGCCGACUGUCUCCUCUACUUAAGUUCUCUUCUUUGCACAACUUUCGAAUUUUCUCUCCAUCCACUGAUGGUUCUCCGCUCCGCACGCACGCAAGUGCUCUCAAACCACACACAAGCGUAUACA